AUGGGCAAUAUUGGGAGUAGUGGGGUGCAAGGGCGGAGGAGGAGUUCGAGCAGGCGGAGCCACCCACCUCCGCCACCUCCUCCUCCUCCACAGGCUCCGCAACCAGAGAUCACAGCAAACAGGUAUGUUUUCGCGGCAGCGACUCCGUACCCUACAUCCCAAUACCCGAACUCCAACGUUCCUGGUUAUUACCAACAGUACCCGGGGUACUACCCGCCUCCACCGCCCUCGAUGCCGGUGCCUCUUCCCGCUCCUUAUGACCACCACCAUGCGGCUGCCAACGCCAAUUGGGUUAACGAGCGGUACCCGUAUGGGCCGCCGCCCAUGAUGCAGCCUCCGGCGCCAUACGUUGAGCACCAGAAGGCGGUUACUAUUCGAAAUGAUGUUAAUUUGAAGAAGGAAACUUUAAGGAUCGAACCUGACGAGGAGAACACUGGGAAGUUCCUCGUUGCUUUCACUUUUGACGCCACAGUGGCUGGAAGCAUGACCAUAGUUUUCUUUGCUAAGGAGGGUGAAGAGUGUUGCCUGACUCCAACGAAAGAAAGCUUACUUCCACCUAUUGUGAUACCUUUUCAACAAGGUUUGGCCCAAAAAUUUAAACAAACCCCUGGAACAGGGAUAGACUUUUCAAUGUUCCAGGAGGCAGAAUUGUCGAAAGUUGGUGACAUGGAUGUGUACCCUCUAGCAGUUAAGACAGAGGCUUCCAUAGACAACGAAAAUGGAAACUCAGACAGUGGAUCCAAGAAUUCCCAAAUAACCCAGGCUGUGUUCGAGAAGGAGAAAGGUGAAUAUCAGGUUAGGGUGGUGAAGCAAAUAUUAUGGGUUAAUGGCAUGAGGUAUGAACUACAAGAGAUUUAUGGGAUUGGAAAUUCAGUUGAGAGUGAUUUUGAUGGGAAUGAUCCUGGAAAAGAAUGUGUCAUUUGCCUCUCAGAACCCCGAGAUACGACCGUCCUGCCUUGUCGACAUAUGUGUAUGUGCAGCGAGUGCGCAAAAGUAUUGAGGUUCCAAACAAAUAGGUGUCCGAUUUGCAGACAGCCAGUGGAGCGGCUUUUGGAGAUAAAGGUCAACAAUGGGACUGAUGAAUGA